AUGUCGAUGGAUCUGGAUGCCCCCGUCUAUAUGACGGGACAACAGGAGCAGAUUGCAGCAACUAUUCUUUGCUGCAACUGUGCUGCUCCUAUUGAUGGAACCACCUCAGCCGGUGCCCUCUGUUCCGACUGUAUUCGACUCACCGUCGAUGUUUCUCAGGGUAUUCAACGUGAAGCCACCCUCCACACUUGCAAGGACUGCGAGCGAUGGCUGCAACCCCCCACCAGCUGGGUUGUCGCUGCCCCCGAAUCAAAGGAACUCCUGGCUCUGUGUCUGCGCAAGCUGCGUGGUCUCUCUAAAGUCCGCAUUAUCGACGCCAGUUUCAUUUGGACCGAACCCCACUCCCGCCGCAUCAAGAUGAAGAUCACGAUCCAGCAAGAAGCCUUCCAGGGUACCAUUAUCCAGCAGACCUUUGAGGUGGAAUACGUCGUCGCUUCGCAGCAGUGCCCCGACUGUCAAAAGUCUUAUACCCACAACUCCUGGCGCGCCGCUGUUCAGAUUCGUCAGAAGGUCCCCCAUAAGCGAACCUUCCUCUACCUCGAGCAGGUCAUUCUUAAGCACGGUGCCCACAAGGAUACUGUCAACAUUAAGGAAGCCAAGGACGGUCUUGACUUCUACUUUGCUCAGAGAAACCAUGCCGACAAGAUGGUUGAGUUCUUGCAAUCAGUGACUCCUUGCAAGUCGAAGAAGUCUCAGGAACUUAUUUCGAUGGAUAUUCAUACCUCUACCAAGUCAUACAAGUUCACAUACUCCGUCGAACUGAUUCCCAUUUGCAAGGAUGACUUGAUUGCUUUACCACUCAAGCUGGCCCGCUCUCUGGGCAAUAUCGCUCCUCUGACCAUUUGUCACCGCGUCGGUACUGCCGUCAACCUUAUGGACCCCUGCACUCUCCAGACAACCGAUGUUCCCACCGGUGUAUACUGGCGUCAGCCUUUCAGGACUCUUGCCGAUGUCACUGAGCUCAAGGAGUUCAUUGUCAUGGACAUCGAGCCCACCGGUUUGACCAACGGUCGCUACCUCAUGUCUGAGUGUACCGUUGCCCGCGCCUCUGAUCUCGGAUCUAAUGAUAUCACCUACUUCACCCGGACCCACCUCGGUGGUAUCCUGCACGUCGGAGACUCAGUCCUCGGUUACCACCUGACAGGAACCAACUUCAACAGCGACGAAUUUGAGGAAAUUGAGCGUAGCCACCAAUACGGCUCAACAAUCCCCGAUGUCGUCCUCGUGAAGAAGCACUACGUUCGCAGCAAGAAGUCCAAGAACCGCAGCUGGCGUCUCAAGCGUAUGGCUAAGGAAUAUGAGGACGAGGCCGUCAUGGGCGGCAACGUCCCCACCAGCAAGCGCCAGGAGCAAGAGCAGAACCGCAUGGAGCAGGACUACGAGCUGUUCUUGCGUGAUGUCGAGGAGGACCAGGAGCUGCGUCACACUCUUGACCUGUACAAGGUCCGUCAACAACAAGCCCGACCCGAACACAUGGAGGUGGAGAUGGCCGAGAAUGAUGAUGUUGAUGAGGAAGAUGAGACCGUUCCUAAGAUUGACAUGGACGAGCUGCUUGAUGACUUUGACGACAUGAACAUGGAAGACAAUGAAUAA